AUGGCGAAGUUCACUCUUCUCACUGGUCUGGCCCUGGUGCUGCUUGCCCAGCUGGGCUCUGCUUAUCACCUGACAUGCUACUUCACCAACUGGGCCCAGUACAGGCCAGGCCUGGGGCGCUUCAAGCCAGAGAACAUCGACCCCUGCCUCUGCACUCACCUGAUCUACGCAUUUGCGGGGAUGAGAAACAAUGAGAUCACCACAAUCGAGUGGAACGACGUCACCCUCUACAAAUCCUUCAACGGUCUGAAAAACAAGAACAGCAACCUGAAGACUCUCCUGGCAAUUGGAGGCUGGAACUUUGGAACUGCCCCAUUCACUACCAUGGUUUCCACUCCUGAGAACCGUCAGACCUUCAUCAAAUCCGUCAUCAAAUUUCUGCGCCAGUAUGAGUUUGAUGGGCUGGACUUUGACUGGGAGUACCCUGGGUCUCGUGGCAGCCCUCCUCAGGACAAGAACCUCUUCACUGUGCUGGUCAAGGAAAUGCGUGAAGCCUUUGAGCAGGAAGCCAAGCAGAUCAACAAACCCAGGCUGAUGGUCACUGCUGCAGUGGCCGCUGGCAUCUCCAACAUCGAGUCUGGCUACGAUAUCCCCCAGCUCUCUCAGUAUCUGGACUUCAUCCAUGUCAUGACCUACGACCUCCAUGGCUCCUGGGAGGGUUACACUGGAGAGAACAGCCCCCUGUACAAAAACCCCAGUGAUACUGGCAGCAAUGCUUACCUCAAUGUGGAUUACGCCAUGAACUUCUGGAAGAACCACGGAGCCCCCUCUGAGAAGCUCAUUGUUGGAUUCCCAUCCUACGGACAUACUUUCAUGCUGAGCAACCCCUCCAACAAUGGCAUUGGGGCACCCACUACUGGUCCCGGCCCAGCUGGACCCUACACCAGGCAGGCCGGAUUCUGGGCUUACUAUGAGAUCUGUCCCUUCCUGAAGGAAGGUGCUACUGAGGUGUGGGAGGCUUCUGAGGACGUGCCCUAUGCUUACAAAGGAAAUGAGUGGGUUGGUUAUGACAACCCCAGGAGCUUCCAAAUCAAGGCUGAGUGGCUGAAGAAGAAUAACUUUGGAGGAGCCAUGGUCUGGGCCAUUGACCUGGAUGACUUCACUGGGACUUUCUGUAACCAAGGAAAAUACCCCCUGAUCAACACCCUGAAGAAUGCUCUGGGUCUGGAGAGUGCAAGUUGCAAGGCUCCUGCUGAGCCCAUUGCUCCCAUCACUGAGGCUCCUAGCCAAGGUAGUGGUGGCAGUGGUGACAGCGGCAGCAGCUCUGGGGGCAGUUCCAGUGGCAGUGGAUUCUGUGCCAGCAGAGCCAGUGGCUUAUAUCCCGAUCCCACCAACAAGAAUGCCUACUACAACUGUGUGAAUGGACAGACCUUCCAGCAACACUGCCAGGCAGGCCUUGUCUUUGAUGCUUCUUGUUCUUGUUGCAAUUGGCCAUGA